AACAUAUUGUACAUUCUAUGGGCAGAUGGUAGGCGACAGACGGAUGAAGUAACAGCGCAUUAAAAUGUGUUGAACACAGAAUUGUAUCUAUUUAUAUAUUUUAUGAUAAACAUGUAUUUUUUGGAAGCUUUAGGGAUUUUUAACAAGGCAGCAGGCGGGCGGUUGUAGAGGAUGGAGAGAUGAGAUGAAGGCAGAGCACGGAGUCCACCGAACAAAUUCAAAUAUACCCUGGUCGAAUAACAACAGGCCGUUUGGAGUGAAAAUGUGGACAAUUUUAAUUGCAGCGAAAGACUGCAUUGGAUCGAGUCAUCAAAUAAUAUUGACCGAUACUUGGAGAAAGCAACGUCUGUGCUGCGUCGCCGAGGAGACGUGGCGACGAUGUGUGGUGAUGUGCUCUUUAAUCGCUGAGUCUGUCCGAAUCUGUCAGACUCUUUUCUCCGUCACCUGGUAGUAGCCUAUGCGGUGUGAUGGUGCGGAGGAGACGAAGCACGCUCAUUCGGAUGUAAUAAGCAUCGGUUUAGAAAGUCGGCGCAGUGGCAGCCUGCCAUGGUUGACCCAUCCGAGCCAGAGGACCAGACCAAGGGAAAAGGCCCAGAGACGGAAGCAUCAAAGUUGGAUUCUGGCUCACAGAUGGAUGCCCCCAGACUACCAGACCAAGGGGAUGGGAAAGCAACAGAGGAGGGCAGCGAUGCAGAGGCCACGCCCACACACUCCACUGGGCUGGGGGAGACAACGCCCUCACGCUCUGCUGGACUGGGCGAGAGGACGGCAGCCCCUCCCCCGGUUGGUCAGGAGGCCAGCCCUCCCAGUCCGUACACCCAGCUGGCUUGCCCUCCAAACAACUUCCAGCUUCAGCCUUCGCACCAAAUAAACCAACAUUCUUCCAUUCCUCCCCUCCAAAGCCUCCAGUUUCUUAGCCCUCCCCCUCCAAACCUCCUGCCUCCCAGCCCUCCCCAUCCAGACCUCCAGCCUCCCAGCCCUCCCCCUCCAGACCUCCAGCCUCCCAGCCCUCCCCCUCCAGACCUCCAGCCUCCAAGCCCUCCCCCUCCACAUACCCAGCUUGAGAACCCUCUGGCGUGUCAUGAGGAAGCAACUCCUCCUCCUGACAGAAGCCAGCCCCCCAGCCCGUCGCCGACGGGCCUCCAGCACAGGAGCAGUGACCUAGCACCGAGAGAACCAUCGCCCAAGCUGCACCUGGAUCUCUACAACUUUGACACCCCGGUGGCGGAGGGCAGCCGCUACGUCCUGACCAGCCCCCGCUCACUGGAGGCCUGUGCCCGCUGCGGGGUCAAACCGGUGGAGCUCCUGUGCCGCCCGCUGUCGGAAUUUGCCCGCGAUGCCCCCGGGCGGUCCAUGCGGGUGGCGACGGGCAUGUUCGAGGUGUACGAGAAGGACAGACAUGCCAAACUGCGGGCGUGCCGGGAGGAGAGAGAGAGGAUCGUCAGGGAGGAGACGAGGAGGAUCCUUCAGGCGGCGAUCAAUGGACACGCUGCAUCGUCCCCAGAGGAGCAGCACAAGGCGUCGUCCCCAGAGGAGCAGCACAAGGCCACAGCCUGCUCGACUCAGCAGUCCAAACCUGGUGCAGUGGCCUCUGCUGAAGCAAAAUCUAAACCUCCCCCCAGCAGCAUUGGCCAGCCAUCUAGAGCCACCGGUACUGUAACGUUGGGUCCAGACAUUCACAGAAGUAGCACAGCACCGCUAGCUAGAAGCAGCUCCUUGAAGUCCUCUAAAACCAGCUCAUUCAGCUCUGUCUCUGCAUCCACUAGAGGACCACACUCUGGUUCUGGUUCGGGAUCUGCUUCCGGUCCUAUUAAACGCCCUAAAUCCUCUGCAACCUCAGAACAAACCAAGGCACCCAGGCCCGUCUCAGGCCCCCCUCAGGUGGUCAGAAAGAUCCCCACCAGCACGGCCAAAACCUCCAACACCUUCCCCAGACCAUCCACCAAACCGUCCUCCUUCCCCAGGGCCACUGUCUCCAUGACCUCUGCCAUGACCAAGAGUUCUGUCCCGAGUCCGGUCACCCCGACUACUGCAACUCUCAACGGCAUCACAGGGCAGGGGGCAACGGGAGGGCCGUCUUCUCUCCUCAACGGUCACCCAGCGUGCACCCCGAAGGGAAGAGGGAAAAGCCAUUCCCUGGAGUCCUUACAGAGAAGGCAGGACACCAUGUCCACCUCCACCACCAACUCCACCACCACCUGCACCUCCUCUGGCGAGGAGUCCGGCGCUUCCUCCUCCUACAGCUGGGACGGACCCAGGGACCACUGGGCCAAGUCGUCCCCACGGGCCCGCACCCUGGCCACCUUCAACUCCCUGAUGGGCCGAAGCCUGAGCCUGGGUGACCUGAGCCACUCCCCCCAGACCACCCAGAAGGUGGAGCGCAUCGUCAAGGAGGUGAGGCGACGGGGACUGAAGGCUGUCCCGGAGCGGGACAGAAAGAUUGCCGCCCUGAUGCUUGCCAGGUACCAGGAGGAGGACAUCAUGAGCCAGACGCGCUACGUGGCUCACCUGCAGUGGGACAGCGAGAAGCGCCUUGGCGACCUGCAGCGGGAACGUGAGGACCGGGAGAAACAGCGUGCGGUGCUGCUGUGCCAGCGGGCGUGGCAGUGUCAGGUGACCCACCGCCAGCGUCGACUGAGCCAGCAGGAAAGGGAGGCGGCGGCGGCCAAGCUGCGCCAGGCGGCGGAAAGCGAGGAGCGACGGCGGGACCUGGCGGAGCAGCAGGAGCGCAGCAGGCUGCAGCGGCUUCAGCAGGCGGCCCGGGAGGAGAAACAGAAGAAGGAGCAGCAGGAGCAGAACCUCAAGGCUCUGGAGGAUGAACGGGCAGCAGUGUUGGAACAGGAGCAGCUCCUCCUCCGGGAGAAACUCACCAUGGCCGAGCUGAAGAAGCAGGAGAAAGAGCACCAGGCACAGAAGGAGCGCGAAGGGCUGAACCGGGCCGAGAAGAGGCGCCAUGCUGCGCUGAUCAGGGAGAUUGCCCGGAGAGAGGAGGAGGAGCGAGAGGAGGCGCGGAAGGCUGCAGAGGAGAAGCUGAGCCGUUCCCUCGAGAACUAUGAACAGAUUGUGGAGCGGAGGGACAGGGAGCUAAAGGAGAAGGCUAAGAGGGAGGAGCAGCAGAUUCAGAAGGCCAGGAAGGCUGCAGAGAAAAGGGAGAAGGAACAAAAACAGCAGCUGGAGGCGCGGGCCAAGGAGGCAGAGAGACGGGCCCAGCAGGCAGCCUUGGUGGCAGAGGAGAGGGCCAAGGAGAAAGCCCAGCGGGCCGUGCAAAGCAGACAGGAGAAAGGGAGGCUACAGCGGCUCAACAGGCAGCGAGUGGAAGAGGAGGAGCAGGCGAGGAGAAUGGAGCUCCUGCAGUCCAUCGAGAGGAAGCUGGAGAAGAGCGAACAGAUCUUCAGGGAGAAGAGAGCUGUGCUGGAGAGCGCCCGCUCCACCGCCCGCGCCUCCUUUCACGUAAGAGACCGGGUCAGGGAGGAGACCAACAUGAGGACCUUCGAUAAGAUGGCUUUGGAGGCCCAGUUCCAGUUCAAAGCCAGCCUGGAGGACAAAUGAUAGCUAGGCGAAGAGGCCAUGGCCCCCUUGACGCCACUGGUGGACUUCUCCUGGUCAGUGCCCUGGACAACUGCUAACUAUGGUUUACUGCUGGUCAUUAUGUGCUUGGCUAUAGCUUAGCUCAUUACUGCACACGAUGCUGAACAGCUUUAGAUCGUCUCACAAGGAACAAUAGCUCCAGUCCAAUAGACGACCCGUCCUGUCCUGUGACUGCCCAUCUUUCCUCUUUGUGGCCCUCCUCGUCUGCUUAUUGGAUGGAACCAUUGCUUUGGUUUAUUAACCACUUCAGCAAUUGCAUAUUAAUGAAAGGGGGGGGGGUGUAUGUACUUGGAAAAAGUAAUUUCCUUGCGGAGUCUUAACAGUUGUAGCAUGUACAGGAAAUACUAUGUUCUGUUCAAAACAGUGCGUAGUUACACAAGCCCUUCUGGCUAGCUUGCCCUAGUCAGGGUUACACAACGGAAAGCUACGCUUUUGGAAUGAAAAGAAGCAUUGUUGCCUCGGGAAACACAAAUCCAUGACAACUAGCUACAUUGGCUGCUUUUAAAGGAGCCCUUCUCUUGUUGUCAGGAAGAAAGAGAAUAAGAGAGAGGCAGGAGAAAGGAAGAAGGGUUGACAAAGAAGAAAGUAUUAGUGAAUAGUUUAUAAUGGACAGAGCCCUUAGCUAAGCACACCAGGGAUUCUUUUGUAUGUUGUGACAUAGAUGCAAAGCUGUCUGUGUGCUUGUGUGUAUGUUUGUGUGCGUGUGUGUGUGUGUGUGUGUGUGUACAGUAACAGUACUGAGCUAAUGGCUGUCCUCCGGUCUCCAGCGUGUGAGUCAAAUAACAAUGAACCAAUUACUGAUGACGGUGUCUCCCCUCACGGACUCAUAUAAACUCUACUGCUGUCUCUCCUCACGGACAACCUCCUAUAGACUCUACAGUUGUCUCUCCUCACAGACAACCUCCUAUAGACUCUACAGCUGUCUCUCCUCACGGACUCCUCCUAUAGACUCUACAGCUGUCUCUACUCACAGACUCCUCCUAUAGACUCUACAGCUGUCUCUCCUCACAGACUCCUCAUAUAGACUCUACUGCUGUCUCUCCUCACGGACUCCUCCUAUAGACUCUACAGCUGUCUCCCCUCACGGACUCAUAUAAACUCUACAGCUGUCUCUCCUCACGGACUCCUAUAGACUCUACAGCUGUCUCUCCUCACAGACUCCUCCUAAAGACUCUACAGCUGUCUCUCCUCACAGACCCUCCUUAUAGACUCUACAGCUGUCUCUCUUCACGGACUCACCUUCUAGACUCUACAGCUGUCUCUCCUCACGGACAACCUCCUAUAGACUCUACAGCUGUCUCCCGUCACGGACUCAUAUAAACUCUACAGCUGUCUCUCCUCACGGACCCUCCUUCUAGACUCCACAGCUGUCUCUCCUCACGGACCCUCCUGCUAGACUCUACAGCUGUCUCCCCUAAUGGACCCCUCCUAUAGACCCUACAGCUGUCUCUCCUCACAGACCCUUCCUAUAGACUCUACUGCUGUCUCUCCUCACGGACCCCUCCUAUACCAGUCACAUCUUUGGGUCUUAUAGUGUAGAAUCUGUGCCAUUCCCCACUAAGGGGUUUGUAGUGUAGAAUCCAUAAACCUCAACUCUAUGGGUUUUAUAGUACAGAAUCUAUAUCCUUCACCUCUAUGAGUUCUAUAGUAUAGAAGCCAUAUCCUUCACCUCUGUGGGUUCUAUAGUGUAGAAUCUAUAUCAUUCACCUCUACAGGUAAUAUAGUAUAGAAUAUAUAGCCAAUAUGGGUUUCAUAGUGAACCUGUACCCUUCACCUGCAAUACCACUAUGGGUAUUCUGUACCAUUGACUGACCUUCUAAACGUUUCAAUGGAAUAGGAAACAUGUCUUCAUAACCAAAGCAAGUGAAUCAUUUAAAUGAUUCAGUGGUGGAAUCUAUACUUCCCUGGAUCCUACUGUAAAAACUGCAGUGGAAAAGCAUUUGUACAAUCUUUCCUCCUGGACCUCCUCAUGCCAUGUGACUCCACAGGAAACAGUUUUGUGUCCCAGAGACCUCCUAAUGCCAUGUGACUCCACAGGAAACAGUUCUGUGUCCCAAAGACCUCCUCAUGCCAUGUGACUCCACAGGAAACAGUUCUGUGUCAAAGAGACCUCCUCAUGCCAUGUGACACAACAGGAAACAGUUAUGUGUCCCAGAGACCUCAUCAUGCCAUGUGACUCCACAGGAAACAGUUCUGUGUCCCAGAGACCUCCUCAUGCCAUGUGACACAAUAGCAGAGACCUCAUCAUGCCAUGUAACACCACAGCAAACAGUUCUGUGUCCCAGAGACCUCAUCAUGCCAUGUGACACCACAGGAAACAGUUCUGUGUCCCAGAGACCUCAUCAUGCCAUGUGACACCACAGGAAACAGUUAUGUGUCCCAGAGACCUCCUUGUGCCAUGUGACACCACAGGAAACAGUUAUGUGUCCCAGAGACCUUCUCAGGUCAUGGAUACCCAUCAUUUAUUCCCUCAAACCAGGAACAGAGUUGGCCGCUGGGAAGCGAAACAGGCCUCUACGUGGGGACUAGGUUGCCUUCUGGAAUGCUGGCUCGGUGUCCUUCAGAACCUAGCCAGAAGGGAGAUGAGGUCAGCUGGCGGAAUAACACAAACACAGGCUUUUUAUAUGUAGGAACACAUUCUAUAUUUAUCUCCUUUAUUUUGACUUGCACACUAAUGUCACAACGGAUUAUGUGUUACAGACCGUGGGCCCAGAGGGUAGGAAGGGCAGUGACAUCACCCACCUGCCGACCACCUCCCCCAACAUCUCCUACAGAGUACCACAACACCCAGCCCCCAGCAGAACUCUGAUGCCCUGCAGUACCAGAGCAGUCCCGUGUGUGUAGAGGUUACAUACAGUAAAUAAUAUAAACACGGAAGUGACAGAACACAUAUAUAGAACACCUCUAAAGAAUCUAAGGAACAUCUCUAGAGAACACGGUCCUACAGAACACCUCUACAGAUCCCGGUCCUACAGAACACCUCUAAAGAACACCUCUACAGAACCCGGUCCUACAGAACACCUCUAGAGAACACCUCUACAGAACUUGGUCCUACAGAACACCUCUACAGAACAUCUCUCAAGAACACCUCUACAGAACCCGGUCCUACAGAACCCUACUAUAGAACAUUGUUACAGAACAAAUCCACGGAACCCCGUUCAGAAAAAACACCUCUACGUAACACAUUGCACCACAACAAGGCCUAGGUUAGCAUAGUACAACGACACUUCAUUGUUGAAGACUCAAAGAGCUAGGUGCUCGUCAGCAGGUUCAAGGUGCUGCGCCUGUGGACUGACUAGGGGUUAAGGGUUAAGGGUCAUGCUCAAGGGACCAGGGCAGGGAAGGUCUUGAGAAUGUUAACCCAGUUGCCAAAUAAAUUCUGCCAUUUUCCGUUUUUACUGGCCACCUACGGCCAACAGAGGUCUUCUUAGCCGUUAAGCUCCGGUUCUCUUUACCAGAUCAGAACAAGGCCUGUUUAGGGUCACCAGAGCUUUAAUAACAUCAAGGCAUUUGUUUUCAUUAAUUCAACAAUAUUUGGUUAAAUAUUACAUUUCCAGACCCUGAACAUGAUAGCUUCUUUUCAUAUGAUAAUACAUGUGUUACCAGUGUGAACUAAUAUUAUUUUCAUUCUGACAUUUUAAUAAUUUACAGUGAGAUGCUUGUUUAUAGUGAGUGAUGAGUGUUUUGUACUUUGUGUUGCUGGUCAAGAAGAGUAUAUACAGAUGUAGCAUGAACCUAGCCUGUUUUCAGAGCUGUUUGUGCUGUCUUGCUAACUCCUAUGGUCAUUGUCAAGUAAGAACAUAAACAGAUCUGGGACCAGGCUGAGUUAAAACCUGGUUUUCAUAUCCAAUUGUCAGAUUUAAACAUACACAUCAUACAAUACGUACAUAUGUUUUAUCAAUCUGCAAAUGUUUAACUUUUUUUUUUUAAAGGACACAAAGCUAUUUGUGUAGAUACAAUCAACAAUCAAAGACAUGUGAAAUAAAAUACAAUUUUCAUUGAU